GUCGCGCGCCCCUGCAGGCUCCGCUGGCCCCGCGCCCCCCGCCGGCACAUGGAGACCCCGCAGGAGCCCGGGCCGCGCCGCCCUGCCCGGGGGGCUCCUCGCCCGCGCUGCGGGCCCCGCUGCCCGCCGCUGACCGGCUUCCGAGAGGAGCUCUGGGAACUCCUGGUCCUGGCGGGCCCCGCGUUCUUGGCCCAGCUGAUGGUAUUUCUGAUCAGUUUCAUAAGCUCUGUGUUUUGCGGCCACCUGGGGAAGCUGGAGCUGGACGCCGUCACGCUUGCCAUUGCUGUUAUUAACGUCACUGGAAUCUCUGUUGGGUUCGGUUUAUCCUCUGCUUGCGACACUCUCAUCUCCCAGACCUAUGGAAGCCGGAACUUGAAGUACGUGGGGGUCAUCCUGCAGAGGGGGGUGAUCAUGCUGCUACUCUGCUGCUUCCCCUGCUGGGCGCUCUUCAUCAACACCGAGCACAUCCUGCUCCUCUUCAGGCAGGACCCGGAUGUAUCAAGGCUUACCCAGACCUAUGUCAUGAUCUUUAUUCCAGCUCUUCCAGCAACCUUUCUUUAUACACUGCAAGUUAAGUAUUUGCUCAAUCAGGGAAUCAUAUUCCCCCAGAUCGUCACUGGAGUUGCAGCCAACCUUGUCAACGCUCUCACCAACUAUCUGUUUCUCCACCAAAUGCACCUCGGCGUGAUGGGUUCUGCGCUGGCAAAUACCAUUUCCCAGUUCAUCCUGUCCUUGUUCCUCUUCUUCUACAUCCUUGGGAAAAAACUGUAUCAAGCUACCUGGGGAGGAUGGUCCCUCGAGUGUCUGCAGGACUGGGCCUCCUUCCUCCACCUGGCCAUCCCCAGCAUGCUCAUGCUGUGCAUCGAGUGGUGGGCCUACGAAAUCGGGAGCUUCCUGAGUGGUGUCCUUGGCAUGGUGGAGCUCGGAGCCCAGUCAGUUGUAUAUGAGCUGGCCGUCAUUGUGUACAUGAUCCCGACAGGCUUCAGCGUGGCUGCCAGCGUCCGUGUGGGGAACGCAUUAGGUGCAGGGAACAUUGAGCAGGCCAAGAGGUCCUCGGCAGUUGCCCUGAUCAUCACAGAACUCUUAGCUGUAACCUUAUGUGUCCUGAUGUUAAGCUGUAAGGACCUUGUGGGGUACAUUUUCACAACUGACCGAGAAAUCAUUGCUCUAGUGGCCCAGGUGGUUCCGAUUUAUGCUGUUUCCCACCUCUUCGAUGGUCUUGCCUGCACAAGCGGCGGCAUUCUGAGGGGAAGUGGAAAUCAGAAGGUUGGAGCCAUCGUUAAUGCCAUUGGGUAUUAUGUCAUUGGUCUCCCUAUUGGAAUUUCACUGAUGUUUGCAGCCAAACUGGGGGUGAUCGGUCUGUGGGCAGGAAUCAUCAUCUGUGUCAUCUUCCAAGCUGUGUGUUUUCUAGGCUUUAUUGCUCGGCUAAAUUGGGAAAAAGUCUGCCAACAGGCUCAGGUACAUGCUAAUUUGAAAGGCAACAUGGCCCCGGAAGGAACUUCUCUCUCUCAGGACUCCAUUUACCCAGUGAGUCCUGAAAACCAUGAAGAAAUUUUAAUGAGAGAUGUUGAAAAAAAAGAGGAGACACAGUGGAAUCAACAGAUGCUUCAAGAAGAACAUAUUCAACCAGAGAACACAUCUAAGUUGUCCAGGCGACAGCUGAUACUGCGGCGAGGGCUUCUGUUCCUGGGGGUCAUUUCAAUCUUACUAGUGGGAAUUUUAGUGAGAGUAUAUGUCAGAACUGAAUGAUGAGGUCAGGGCAUAGUGAUUAAGUGAACUUACAAAUAAUUCAUAGGCCAAAGGUAGGAGAUCAGUUUCAGUCAAUGGAUUCAACUGUGCCCAUGGAUUUCAAGAACUGACAGUGUGAAGUAUUACAUUCGAGUAUUAACUGAUCCACCUCUGUUUCAAGCAUCAGAUUGCAUCAGUUGAUGGCUUUGAUAUUUCUUCUAUUUACUGGUUUGUUUUUUAGAUACAAAUGCAUAUACUUCUUUUGAAUUCUUACUGUUUGAAAUAUUUAAAAUAUAUUUUAC